CUUUAGGAAAAAAAAAAAGAACUUGAAAAGUUCCAGACUGGCCACCGUUAGAGACUUGGAAUCCAACGUGAGGAUCGCUGGCUUGAUUCUUUGAUGCCCAUACAAAAACCGACGGCCUAGAUCGUUCCGUCUCUUAAAUCUUUACCAGUUCGACUUGAUUUUUCCACAAACACGGAGAGAGAAAAAGAGACUCAAAUUCCCUCUGCCACUGCACCACUUGACCCUAAACGCUGAAACUUGUUCCAGUGGUGGUGUUGGUGGUUCGUGGCAAACGAAAGAGUCAGAGGAACUAGGGUAUUCGUAUUCUGUUGUUCUCUUCCAUUGGAUCCGACCCGCGCUUCUUAAGAGUGUUGUACAUGAGAAGAUGGUUGCGCAGGACUUCAAAGUUGAUUUGAAUAAAGCCCUCGUAUUCCAGGUUGGCCAUCUUGGAGAAGCAUACCAGGAGUGGGUUCACCAGCCGAUUGUUUGCAAGGAAGGCCCUCGAUUUUUUGAAAAUGAAUUUUGGGAGUUCUUGACCCGCACAGUGUGGUGGGCAGUUCCUGUCAUAUGGCUGCCAGUCGUGUUCUAUUCUAUCUCCAUGUCUGUACGGAUGGGCCAUGGAUUUCCUGAAAUAGCUCUGAUGGUUUUCGCUGGCAUUUUCGUGUGGACAUUGCUUGAAUACACGUUGCACCGCUUUCUUUUCCACAUUGAAACAAAGAGCUACUGGGGGAACACUGCACAUUAUCUUCUUCAUGGCUGCCACCAUAAGCACCCAAUGGAUGGCCUGCGACUUGUUUUCCCUCCUGCUGCAACAGCUGUUUUAUGUGUUCCAUUUUGGAACUUGGUGAAGCUGAUUUCCGUUCCUUCUGUCACUCCUGCUUUGUUUGGAGGUGGUUUAUUGGGUUAUGUGAUGUAUGAUUGUACCCAUUACUAUCUCCAUCAUGGUCAGCCAUCAAGUGACGUACCCCGAAACCUGAAGAAAUACCACUUGAAUCAUCACUUCAGGAUCCAAGAUAAAGGCUUUGGAAUAACUUCAAGUAUAUGGGACAGGGUGUUUGGAACACUUCCUCAAUCAAAAGCAGCCAAAAAGGACAGAUAAUUUUGCAAGGGUUAACAGGUGGCAUUGGUUAGGAAAAGCAAGUGAAAGGGAAUUCAACAUUAAUAUUCUUUAUUUUUGCUGUCUCCUAAAUUUGUUGUACGCAUAAAUUAUUUAUGUCUUGUGGGUGGCAUGUCAUGGAUGAAGGUGUCAAUUUUUUGUGGUGCUGUCGUGUAUAAAUUAACAACGUUGACUGUCCUUGGAUUCGUUGGUUGUUUAUGGGAGCAGACUUCUCCUACUUGUCUAUAUUGCCUUAGCCUUUAA